AUGUCGAGGAACGAAGCUUCACUUGACACAACCGACAAGUUCCCUCUUAUCAUAAGUGUGAUGAAAGGCACGAACAACAACUCUCAAUCCUCUACAGCUACCACUACAACUACAGCUACAGCUACGUCCACCAGCGAUGACAGAACUGGAAAUGGAAUUUAUCAACAAUCGAAUGACACUCAAGUUACAGUCAUCGAAUAUGGAGGUUCAGGUUUAGGUGAACGAUCAGAAAUGUAUAAAAAUCCUGCUGCCAACGAAUCUGCCAUUACCGUACACCAUGUUGGAUCUACUUCAGCUGGUGAGAAAUGA